CAGGUUCUCAGCGGACCCAGGGCUGCGCGUCAGCUGCAGCCGCAGAGCGAGGCCGCGACGACCGCGGGUUGGAGCUGCUCAGGUGCAGCCCCGCCCCGCCCGUCCGCGGCCCCGCCCCAGGCCAGGUGCACCGCCCCGCCCCGGCUCAGGUUAUGAGAACAGUGAAUGGAGCUCAAAGAAGAGUGUUUUUAAAGACCUAGUCAUUGGGAUUCAGAUUCACAAUGGAGGUUCCCCCAGCAACCAAGUUUAGUGAGACCUUUGUGUUUGAGGACAGGUUAGAAACACAGCAAGAAUUUUUCCCAGAGGAAGACCUGGGAGACCCUUUUCUUCAGGAAAGAGGUUUGGAACAAAUGGCUGUUAUUUACAAGGAGAUCCCUCUUGGGGAGCAAGACUUGGAACGUGAUGAUUACGAGGGGAAUUUCAGCCUCUGUUCAAGCCCUGUGCAGCCUCAGAGUAUCCUACCAGGGGCCAGACUCCAGGACGAGGAGAUAUUUGGCCCAGCCUUUCUCGAGAAACCCGACAUCAGCGUGUGUCAGAUCCUCCAUGGCGAAGAGUGCAGCCCACGAGCUCAUGAAGAAGCAGGCAGGGAGGACGUGGGACCUAAUGCACCUCACAGAACCCCACAACCAGUGAAGCCCUAUGCAUGUCAUGAGUGUGGCAAGGCCUUCAGCCAGAGCUCACACCUUCUGCGACACUUGGUCAUCCACACUGGGGAGAAGCCCUAUGAGUGCUGUGAGUGUGGCAAGGCCUUCAGCCAGAGCUCUCAUCUCCUGCGCCAUCAGAUCAUCCACACCGGCGAGAAGCCCUAUGAGUGCCGGGAGUGCGGGAAGGCCUUCCGCCAGAGCUCAGCUCUCUCGCAACACCAGAAAAUCCACACUGGGAAGAGGCCCUAUGAGUGUAGGGAGUGCGGGAAGGAUUUCAGCCGGAGCUCCAGCCUCCGCAAACAUGAGCGAAUUCAUACAGGAGAGAGACCUUAUCAGUGUAAGGAAUGUGGGAAAUCCUUCAACCAGAGUUCAGGCCUGAGCCAGCAUCGGAAAAUCCACACCCUAAAGAAACCCCACGAAUGUGAUCUCUGUGGAAAAGCCUUUUGUCAUAGGUCCCACCUCAUCCGGCACCAGCGGAUUCACACAGGGAAGAAACCUUACAAAUGUGAAGAGUGCGGAAAAGCCUUCAGCCAGAGCUCCAACCUCAUUGAACAUUGGAAGACCCACACUGGUGAAAAGCCCUACAAGUGUCAUAAGUGUGGGAAGGCUUUCAGCCAGAGCUCCUCGCUGAUAGAGCACCAGCGGAUCCACACUGGGGAGAAGCCCUAUGAGUGCUCUCAGUGCGGCAAGGCUUUCUGCCACAGCUCUGCGCUGAUUCAGCACCAGCGGAUCCACACCGGCAAGAAGCCCUAUGUCUGUGAGUGCGGCAAAGCCUUCAGGCACAGGUCAGCUCUCAUCGAACAUUAUAAAACGCACACCAGAGAGAAGCCCUAUGAGUGCAAUCUGUGUGGCAAAUCCUUCCGAGGGAGCUCACACCUGAUCCGGCAUCAAAAGAUCCAUGGUGAGGAAAAUCUCUAGAAGGAGAAGCCCCGUCAUGGAAGCUUUUGCUAGAUGGAGUCCAUAUCCCUAUCACUUUGUCACUGAGACAACACCUACUUCUCUGAUAACCUUGCAGGAUGGACACCCUCCAACGGGGCCCUCCUGAGCAUCCCCGAUACCAGGAAGCUCCGUGUGGCACUGUGGUCUCUCCCAAUUUCCUGGGUAGAAGAGAAGGGGCACAGGGGGAGGGGAGCCCUUAAGAGAGCUGGCUUUGAGCUUUCUUAGUCUCCCAUUUGACUCUCAAGCCUGCAGAUGAGAUUCUGUUUUUCUCUGUCUCUGCUCUCUUUAAGAGUCUAGAAGAUGUCAAGAGGCAGAAAGUAGAGAUAAACCCAGGAAAUUUUAGAUUUACUCUUUAAAUCAGGUAGCAGACUGGCACUUUCAGAAGACAGAAAACAUAUUCAUAGUCCAAGUCAAGUCAGUCAAAGAAAGUAAAUUCAAAAGUAGAUACGAAAGGGGCAAAAUAGAAUUCUCUGCCUGAGUUAGGCAUUGAUGGUAAUAAGCAAAACAUGUUACCAAGCCAGAGAAGGGUCCAAAAAGAAUAGUUUGGGGUUGGUGAGAGUGGUGAUGCCCUGGGCAUGGUCUCUUAACCCUCUGGUUACCCUGAGAGUGGAGUCUUUCAAUGGAUCUAUCGCAAGGGGGCAGAGGUUUGGCCCUGUUGCGAUCACAGGAUGUUUGACACCCGUGACUCAGCUGGGUGCUGGGUACUGAUGCCCUCCAGGAACAACAACUCCCUGAGGCCUGGUGCUCCAAGAGCACAGUGUGCCUUGGAUGCCAGCAUGGCCCACUUCGGGUCCGGCAGUUACACAGAUUCCUGUCUUUGCUCUUUGGUGUUGGGAUUUGGGAAGCAGGUGGUACGGAGGAGGAAGCCAAGGUUCAAUCAGAAAGUCUGAUUUCGGGGCUGGGGAUUUAGCUCAGCGGUAUAAGCACCUGCCUUGCGAGCAAGCAGUUGUGAGUUCGAUCCCCGGUACCGAUAAAAAGGAAAAAGACAAAAAAAAAAAAAAAAAAAAAAAAAAAGAAGGUCUGAUUUCAAUCAUUAUUUUCCUAGUCUGCAAAGAGUGGGUUUCCUGUAUAGAAUGCUUUCCUGAGGCAUUCUGACAAAUGUGGUUUUUAAAACUUCCCAAGUGUGCUUUUUAGAAAAAUUUCAUCUGGUUAUCCAUAAAGCAGAGCUCAAACUAAAUUUCUUUCAUGGUCUCCCUACUUCAUCCAUGUCAAUCAGAUUAACAUGUGUAAUUCUAAAAAAAAGUCAGGGCUCAAAAUCCAGUGCUGCCCUCUCCUAUUCGUUUGACCUAGGCCCCACAACUUCCUAGGGCUGUUUCCCCAUCGGAGUGAUGAGACCUAUUCUAAGGGCUUCUCUCAAGGCUUCUCUGUAGAAUGGGGCCACCCUUAAAAGGGCAGCUGAGCAAUCAUGGGUGGCGGCUGAGAAUGGAGAUCCUGAGCGAGCCCUCUUCUACCCUGACGCAGGUUAUCUGCAGACCAUAGAAGGGUCCAACACACUGAUGUGUCCUCCUAGACUCUCCCACUGCAAUGGUGUCAUCCAUGCUCCCGUGAACUUUCCUACCUUCCUAACUGUAGCUCACCUGGGGGUUAAGAAGUGCCAUGUCCCACCUUGACCAAUUGAAUCACCAGUGGUAGAUGCCUGGUAUGUUUCUGAAGCUCCCUAGGUAGUAUAAGUUACAGCAUGUGGCCAAGCAUUGAGCCCCGCCCAAGCUGGGCUUUCACAUAGCUAGCUCCUACAGCUUCCUGUGUCAGUCUGUUUACUUUGACAGAGCAGAGCUUGAAGAUUGUUCUCUCACUCUCCUGACACCAUCCUUGGGCCCUGGGAACAGGCUAGGCAGUGCCAAUUGUCUUGCUAAGAGCAUUCAUCCCAUGCCAGAGAUCUCUUUUUGUAGUGUUGGAAAUUGAACCCAGGGCCUUGCACAUGCUAGGCAAGAGCUCUACAGAGCUACGUUCCCUGCCCUGUGGGGAAUCUCUAGUACUGCCCAGACUCCUCAAAGGUAGGAGAGAGACAGUCAGGGAUGUUUUAAAGUUUUCCAAGAGUUUAUGUUUGAAUCACAUGACUGUAUCAUGGUGAUAUGGCCAUUUCAGCUGGUCAGAAACAUGGUGUGGUAUAUAGUUUUGAUGAGUAAAACACAAAAAGCCAUAUUUAUUCCUAAAUGAGGCCCAGUAGACCAGAGAUUUCGUUUUGAGGCAGGGUCUUGCUAUGUAGUUCAAACUGACCUUGAAUUUGUGGCAAUCCUCCUGCCUCAGUCUCUUGAGUGCUGGGAUUACAGAUGUGUGCUACCACACCCAGUUUAGGCCUGAAAUUUUGAAUCAUGGGCUAGAGAGAUCCCAGUGGGAGUCUUGGUUUCUUCCAGCAGCCCGCUGUCCCUCAGAACCCACUGUAUGGCCAGCUGGAUUGUGGAAUCCCAGGACAGGAUAGGUGGCCCUGGGCACUGUUGCAGGCAGCUAAUAAGAAGUUCUCAGUCGUGUGUCAAGAGUCAAAAGGGAAUGCCACGACUCAACUGGGAUAGUAGGUACCGUUAGGUAGGGCCCCCAGAACAUCUACCUCUUUGGCCCUCGCCCCAUUCUGUCUUGGGUAGGCCUGUCCUUAUCCAGCAAGCAUCUGUCACCUACCUUGGGGCUUCUCCUCCUUGCCCUUUCUGCACACCCAGUCAAAUUGAUUUUUUUUGGUCCUGGGGGUACAACUCAGAGGCUCUAUACCAUGCUGAGCAACAUCCCCAACCCCUUUUAACAUCUUCCUAUAAGUUGCCCAGGCUGACCUCAGAUUUGUGAUGCUCCUGUCCUGACCUCCUGAGUUGCUGGGAUUUUGGGGAUGUGCCACUGUACCAGCGCAAGUUGAUUUUUAAAAAUUUUUUGUCACUACUAUUUUUUUGUCACUACUAUUUUUUUUUUUCUGUCAGUUAAACCCAAAGCCUUCUCACACACUACAUCCUCAUCCUUUUUAUUUUGAGACAGGGUCUGACUAAGUCACUAAAUUGCCCAGGCUGGACUUAAACUUGUGAUCCUUGACUCUGGUUCCCAGAAUGCUGAGGUUAUACUGCUGUGCCAUCACACCCAGCGCUGAUUUUUACAGCAUCACUUUGCACAGGUCAGUACUCUGCUUAAAGCCAACGUUCAGGAGUUGGCUGCGUGUAGGCUCUGCUUCGGCCAAUCUGGCUCAUUCCCUGUGCAGGAGGAACAUGAACGUAGGGGUCGGGGCGGCCCCUGCUAGAGGCCGUGUCUGUCUGUGCCUGGCUUCUUACGAUUCACUGGACGCUGUUUUCACCUUUUGCAAUGUGCACUUUCUGCCUCCUCCUCUUCACCCUCUGCCUUCUCUUCCCUCCCAUUUCUUCUUCUUACAUAAUAUGGGGAUAAAGACUGCUCCCUCCUCCCAGGAUUAACAGAUUCUUACAUAAAAAUUGUUAAGAGCAGGUACUUUUUUUGGGAAAUAUGAGCAGAGCCUACUUUUAUUUAAACUCUUUCAGUCUUACUGUAUAUUUUUAAAAGAGAUCUCAUUUAGAUUCAGUGUAAAAUUAUAAAAGAUAGUCUCUGGUAAUAUUUUGUUUUGUUUGCAGCUCUGGGGAUGGAAUCCAGGGCAUUAAGCAUACUAGACAAGCAUUCAGCCCCUGGCCUACACUCUGACUCUUUACCAUCUUUUAGUUGAAUUGUUUGCUUUUGUUUUUACUAUUUCACAUUUUUUCCUUUAUCCAGCAGUGCUUUACUUAGAUGCAUUUGAGUUUUAUAAAAUGCCAACUCUUGAUUUUUGUUUACUAAUCUAAAUGUUUUGUUAAAAUGUAUCUGCUUCCCCCUUUUGGUGUCAUACUUUUUUAUCGGUACCAGGGAUUGAACUCACGGCCAUGCGCUUGCAAAGCAGGCACUUAUGCUGCUGAGCUGAAUCCCCAGCCUCAAUACUUUUUAAGAUUAUUUAGAAAUAGUUAAGCAUAUUUUUAGAAUUGCUAGUGAAUGUAGAUAUUUUGGUUUAUAGUUUUUUCCUUACAUAGAGCUUUGUCUGGUUUUCAUAAAUUUUCACAUGUUUUUUGCUUGUUUUUAUAGUCCUAGGAAUUUCCUUUUGGCCCAUGUGUUGUUUUUUAAUAUUUACAAGGGAUGAAUGCUUAGGUCAAUGCCGCUUACUUCUAGUACUAUGGUAUCAACAUUUCCAGAUGUCUAUGGAACUUUUUUGAGCCAGGAUACAUUAUCAACUUUGUUAACUCAAUUGCUUAAAUUACUUAAUCAUGCACUAACUUCCCUUUAUUUCAAAGUUCUUAACCUGGGAUCUAAAGAUUGCCUUGGGUUAAGCGUAUAGGGAUUUUAGGGCGUGUGGAUGCAUAGGUGUGGAGCAAGAUGUGUGAAUUUAUGCAUGCACGAAUGGGGAGGCCUGUCCCAUUGAUAUUUUUGUAAGGGCUUUGUGACCCCAGAAUGGUUAACACUUACCUGAUCUAAUGUCUGAGUUUAUAUGUUUGUCCUUUUGUUUGUUCCUAUUUUAUUUUUAUAUUAUUAUUGUUAUGAUUUUGUAGUUGGUCUUACUGUGUUGCCCAGGUUGCCCUUGAACUUCUGGGCUCAAGUGAUCCUCCUGCCUCAGCCUCCUAAGUAACUGGGACUAUCAGCAUGAGGCCACUAGGUACGGCUUCUGUUUCACUUUCAAUAUCUGUUUCUCUUACUUUUUUUUGGUCCUGGGAUUAAAUUUAUAACUUUUCGCUUGCCAGGCAGGCCACCAAGCUGAACCCCCAAACUCUCUUUUUCAUACAGGUUGCUGUGUUGAUACAGUUCUCGCAAAAAGUCUUUGCAAAACAGGCAGGGUAUAAGUCAAUGUGAAACUGUGGAACAUAUAUAUUAAUAGUGAUAUAUUGGAAGACUGUGCCUUUUGGUACCCCCUUUUGCUUCUUAAUGCUUCUAGCUUAAGCUUCUCUUUUCCAAAUAUAAUUAAAACCUCUCGCUUUUCUUGCGUUUAGCUCAGCCUCUGAUUUUUUAAAUUGUGUGUAUAUUUUGCUAUUUAUCUGUAACUUAUAAGCAGUGAAUUGUCAGAUUUCAUUUUCUGAUUCUUUGUAUUUUUCUUGUUACAUAAAAUUAUGUUACUAAUGUUA